CCUAUGUGGAUUGUGGACAACAGGCUGUCACUGCAGGAUCACUCUUUCGGUGAAGCAUGGCAGAAUCUGAUCGAAAAGUGGCACCACCUUGAGCUCGACAUCUGGAGUUCUGAUUCUGGCGCAGUGGGAAAACUGUUAUCGAAGCGGCGCCCAUGCAUGCUAACGGUAUGGCUUGAUGGUCCACAAUCCUUCGAGCAAUGUCCUUCAGUCACUGAACCGUCUCUAUUCGCCAAGGAGAUGGUUGACUGGUGGAAUCAACUCAAUCCUGCAUGGCGACGCUCAACAAAUGGAUUACCAAAGGCUGACUACAGUAAAUCAUUGAUGACGCUGCGCAAAGGAGGGCAACAUGGGCUGGUUACCGUCAUCUUUGGCUUAUAUUGGUGG